AUGGUACAUUUUGCUUUUGUUGUAAAGAAACUUACGAAUUCUGUGGAAGCACUUGCUGACUUAAAGCAACUAUUUUCGCUUGCUGAAAUGUAUGGUUACUCUGAGUGGAUUCAAUUUGAUGCAUCCACUGUCCGUUGUCUAGCUUAUUACAUGGGAGACCUGCUCAAAGAGAGAGGACUUAGUCUCCAGAUAGAAAACAUUGUCUGCUCGUUGGAUAGGGAUCUCCAGGGUGCAGCUUCUGGAAUUGCUUCUAAACUCAGGGGAAAAGGUCAAAGUGUUGUCUUGGUUUUGGAAAAUAAACCACUUAAAUGGCUUCAUUUCUAUACAUCAGUCUCAAAUACUAUGGGCACAGAAGGGAACACCACCAAUUCUUCUCGAAUUUCUGAUUACAGUGUCCUAGAGCAAUAUCUUGGAUUUCGAAUUGAAGAUGCUACUAAUGUCAGUCGAAAUCCAGUAUUUGAUCCAACCAUCACUAGCCAAACAAUGCACCCUGUUCUCCCAGCUAACACUUUUGAUAAGUCUCAUGCUCCUACCAACACACAUUUCUCUGCCGCUCUUAUGGGAUCUCAAACAGUGCAAUUACAAAAGGGACCAUCGCAAAAUCUAGUUUCUGUAUCUGGUGCUCAACAUGAGAACUGGGGAGAGUCCAACUUGGCAGAUUCCAGUUCCCAUACAGACACUUCAACUGACAUGGAGCCUGACGAUAGAAACCAAAGGUUUGAUAUGGGUCAGUCCGGUGCCGUUGCAGUCUCAGAUUCCAGUGGCAAAUCAAAAGAAAAAUCCUUGGAUCAUAAGACUUUGCGAAGGCUUGCCCAGAAUCGUGAAGCUGCUAGGAAAAGCCGAUUGAGGAAGAAAGCCUAUGUACAGCAGCUGGAGAAUAGCCGCUUGAAGUUGACCCAACUAGAGCAGGAACUGCAGCGAGCUCGCCAGCAGGGUAUGUUCGUUUCCAGCACUGGAGACCAAUCUAAUGCUGGGAGUGGCAAUGGGGCCAUGGCAUUUGAUGUGGAAUAUGCACGGUGGUUGGAAGAGCACAACAGGCAGAUAAAUGAGCUUAGGAUGGCUGUCAAUUCACAUGCAAGUGACCUUGAACUUCGUACUAUUGUGGAUAACGUGACGGAACAUUUCAAAGAGAUAUUCCGGCUGAAAAGUAAAGCAGCCAAGGGUGAUGUAUUCCACCUCUUGUCUGGUAUGUGGAAAUCGCCUGCAGAAAGGUGUUUUAUGUGGAUUGGUGGGUUCCGUCCAUCUGAACUUCUCAAGCUUCUCGAGAAUCGAUUGGAGCCUCUAACUGAGCAACAAUUGGAGAAGAUAAGCACAUUGCAGCAAUCAUCUCACCAAGCCGAAGAUGCUCUCUCACAAGGUAAAGAGGCGCUACAGCAAUCUCUAGCCGAGACAUUAGCUACUGAAUCUUCAGGACCCGAAGGGCCAUCCGGUAACAUGGCAAAUUAUAUGGGUCAGAUGGCUAUGGCCAUGGGGAAGUUGGGGACUCUUGAAGGUUUCUUGCGCCAGGCGGAUAACGCCAGGCAACAGACUUUACAGGAGAUGCAUCGUAUCUUGACGACUAGGCAAUCAGCCCGUGCCCUUCUUCUAAUGAACGAUUAUUCCUCGCGCCUUCGAGCCCUCAGUUCUCUUUGGCUUUCGAGGCCACAAGAGUGA